AUGGACUUCUUUGAUGAAUUUGAAGAAUCAGAGGUGAUGUUCUCAGACUACUCAUCAUCGGAUGAAAGUGUUGAAACAAGCGACGAGACCGAAAGCGGCGAUGAUCGAAGAUGGAAGCAUUAUUACAAUCAAUCAAACCAUCCAAGGAUGAUGUUGAAGAGCAUAAAGUGUCAUAAGAAAAAACCAAGAAUAAGCUCUUCUAUGCCGGUUAAUAUCCCGGCAAUGAGCUCUUUUCGGUUCGGUAUCGAACCACUCGAUGAGAAUGACAAGGACAAUGAUGAUGAAGAUGAUCUAAUGAGGAGAUUGCCUCCACAUUUGAUUGUGGAAAGAAGGGACAAUGAAGAAAUGGCAAGGUCAUUUAGUCCUUUAAAAGGGAAAAAUUUGUGUGAAGCUAGGAACAACAUCCUCAGAAUGACUGGAUUUCUUGAGAGAUGA